AUGAGCUCGUCGCCCUUCCCGUAUCCCUCGUCGCCAAUGCCCGCGACGCCCCCUCGAACGCCCCGCUCGACCCUCACGCGCGUCUCUUCCCUACGCUCCGGCGUCGCGGCCAGUACGCGCUCGCAGCUCAGUGCCUCGCAGCUUCCGGUGCUGUCGCCGCCACUGAAAAAGCGCGUCACAGGGCGACGCAACGCCAAAGCCGUCAAGCUCCAGCUGCCCCGGGACGACGACACUGGCAGUGACAACGACGAUGAGGCGGAGGCUGAUGGCUACACGGUCAAUGGCUACACGGCCAAGAGCUACACCCCGAACCCCGACCGCGACGCGCGCAGCUGUUGUGGCUACAUGCGCGGAGUCGACCCGUCUAUCCCCGAGGGAGAGGAGAAAGUCCAGGCCUUGAAGCCCGACCCGUACUUGCCCGAGGCCUAUCAGCGCGACGCCACGGUGCUGCGACAGGGCGGCAGUUUCUACAACGCCAUGUUGACCCGCGUGCGGAUCCACCACAACUAUAGCGAGUUCAUUGCCCUGCAAGCGCUCGCGUUCCAGCAGGACUUUUACCUCUGGACCCGCGCGGGCCGCGUCGGCUGUGCGGGCAAAACGACGCUCAAGCAGUUUGCUAGCGCUGCGAAAGUCGCGUUUGAGUUUGAGCUGCUCUUUGCGUCCAAGACCAAGUGCGAGUGGAACGAACGCCAGGCGCUGCGCUUCCAAGAGGGCAGUUUUACGUGGAUUGAGCUCGACUAUUCCACGGGCACGCCGUACUCGCCGUCGCUCACGAGCGCGCUGGCAGACAAUCAAGGCGAGAUGGACGAUGCAGACAGUUUCCAAGACUUUGAGCUCGUCUCGGCGUCGGCACCAGCGCUUCCACCUGCAGGGACGCCCAGUCGCAAACGGCGUCGCAACAUUGCGUGGAAAGCGUCGGCUUCCCGUAGUACUCGUGCUCCCACGACGAGUGCAACAGUUCCGUCGAGCACGCAGCAGUCGCGAGGCAGUCAACUGGACUGGCUGUAUGCCAGCUCGGAUGGCGACGCUGGAGCAGGGGCGAGUGGGACCGAGGCAUUGACGUGUACAUGCGCGACAGCACCGCCUUCUCGCUUGCCUUCCGAUGUGCAGGACUUUGUGACGCUCAUUGCGGACCAUAGCGAGCUGUCGUAUGCCCAGACAGUCACGGACGACUUGUCGGGCGACGCUGUCAUGAAGCUUCCACUAGGACGAUUAUCCAAGACAACCAUCAAGCGCGGAUACGAGACCUUGGAAGAAAUGUACGAAGCGUUGCGCAGUCGACAGGUCUCUCGAGCCCAAUUGACACACCUGAGCAGCCACUUCUACUCGCUCAUUCCACACCACUCGCGCUUGGAGGUCAUUGAUACAAUGGUGAAACUCGGCAAGAAAGUCGAGCUCCUGGCCGACGUCGGGAUCAGUGUGCGUGGCAUCGCACAUGAUCCAGUCGCUCGCCAAUGCGCCUCGCGAAACUAUCUCGACGAGUGCUACAACUUGCUCGAGUGCGAGCUCGAGCCGGUCAAGAGCUCGAAUCCCGACUUUGCACUGAUCCAGACGUACAUUCGCAACUCCAACUGCUGCGGACGCAAGCAAGAUCGACUGCAGCUGCUGUCGGUCUUUCGCGUCGAGAAGAACGAGCAGGAAACGCGGUUUGAACCCUUUCGCCACUUCAGCAAUCGGCGGAUCCUGUGGCACGGCAGUCACUUGGCCAACUGGUCAGGUAUCUUGUCGGAAGGGCUGCGCAUUGCGCCUCCGGAAGUGGCCUCGAACGGACGGAUCUUUGGCAAAGGGCUGUACUUCACCGACAAGGUGACGAAAGCCCAGGCGUACUGCCACUGCCGACCAACGAACGGCCACAACCAGUGCGUACUCGCGCUGAGUGAAGUCGCCCUUGGGGCCUGCAAAGAGAUGCUGAACUCGGACGACAAUGCCAAACAGUUUGUCCACACGGCUUCAGGUGGACGCGCCAACGAGGCGUAUUACCACAGCUGCAAAGGCGUUGGCUCGUGCCGUCCGGACUCGAGUGGCGACGUUGUGGACGUUCACGGCGCAGUUUGGCCCUUGGGCAAGUCCGUCCAGCCUGAAAAGCGCACGGGGCUCCACCACAGCGAGUACAUUAUUUACAACCCGAACCAGACGCGCAUGCGCUACGUGGUGCUGGCCAGGAGUCCGUAUUAG